AUGGCUGACCGGUUGACGCAAUUGCAGGUGUGUUUGGACCAGCUGAUGGAGCAGUUCUGCGCGGCGCUGAACUAUGUGGACAAGUCGCACGGGUUCUCACCGCUGGGUCCCGGGGAACCUGUCGUGGCAGACAAGCAUGCGCCCCCGCUGCCGCCACAGGAGGAGUUCUUGGGCACUGUAGAUGAGCUAUCUGGGGACAUCAUCUUGAAGACGCGGCAGCUGAUGAAGCUGAUUGAUUCGCUGCCCGGGGUCGACGUCUCGGAGGCGGAGCAAUUGCGCAGGAUAGACUCCCUACAGCAGCAGCUCGUUGCCACAGAGCAGCGAAAGAUAAACGUCGUUAGGGAGAAGGACCAGCUGUUGCGGGACGUUGAUCAACUGAUCUCGAUGUUUGUCGCGGGCAUUGCGGACUCCCGCCAGCAAUCGUAA